AGGUGGCCAUGCUGCGUGGGACCACAUGGCCAGAGGCAAGCAGAGGAGUGUCGCUCGAGUAGUAUUUGCUAGGGACCAGAGUUUAAACGAUCGGCAUGUUCGUGUAAAUGUGGUUUCUGCCCAACCCGUUUUAUGUUGGGGUUUUCGGCCAGCCCCCUGACGCCACUUUUUCUUCACUUUGUCUUCAUUCCCAGACCGACUUUCUAGACAGGUCAUGAACACUGUCCACCCAACUGCAGUUUCCUGUCAGAGUAUCUGAGGAGCCUGUGAGGCGUUCUGGAGCUUUAAGGUCAGUCAUUGGCACCAUGAACUGGAAUAAAGGUGGUCCUGGCACUAAGCGGGGAUUUGGCUUUGGAGGUUUUGCCAUCAGUGCUGGGAAAAAGGAGGAACCCAAACUCCCACAGCAGUCCCACAGUGCCUUUGGGGCAACCAGUUCUUCUUCUGGAUUUGGAAAGUCAGCUCCACCACAGCUCCCUUCUUUCUACAAAAUUGGAUCUAAACGGGCCAACUUUGAUGAAGAAAAUGCGAUCAGGCAGCUAGAGACAUGAAGAGGCUUGAAGAAAAGGACAAAGAAAGAAAAAACGUAAAGGGUAUUCGAGAUGACAUUGAAGAGGAAGAUGACCAAGAAGCUUAUUUUCGAUACAUGGCAGAAAACCCAACUGCUGGUGUGGUUCAGGAGGAAGAGGAAGACAAUCUAGAAUAUGAUAGUGAUGGAAAUCCGAUUGCACCUACCAAAAAAAUCAUUGAUCCACUUCCCCCCAUCGAUCAUUCAGAGAUUGACUAUCCACCAUUUGAAAAAAAUUUUUACAAUGAGCAUGAAGAGAUAACCAACCUCACUCCACAGCAGUUAAUAGAUCUCCGCCAUAAGCUCAAUCUUCGGGUCUCUGGUGCUGCACCUCCUAGACCAGGAAGUAGCUUUGCUCAUUUUGGGUUUGAUGAACAACUUAUGCACCAGAUUCGGAAAUCUGAAUACACACAGCCCACUCCAAUACAGUGCCAGGGCGUGCCUGUGGCAUUAAGUGGUAGAGACAUGAUUGGUAUUGCCAAAACAGGUAGUGGGAAAACUGCAGCCUUUAUUUGGCCCAUGUUGAUUCAUAUAAUGGACCAGAAGGAGUUGGAACCAGGCGAUGGACCAAUUGCAGUGAUUGUGUGUCCUACCAGGGAGCUUUGCCAGCAGAUCCAUGCAGAGUGUAAGCGGUUUGGAAAAGCAUAUAAUCUUCGAUCAGUGGCCGUGUAUGGAGGAGGGAGUAUGUGGGAGCAGGCCAAGGCCCUUCAGGAAGGGGCAGAGAUUGUCGUGUGUACCCCAGGUCGACUGAUUGAUCAUGUGAAAAAGAAAGCUACCAAUCUUCAAAGAGUCUCUUACCUUGUGUUUGAUGAAGCAGAUCGAAUGUUUGACAUGGGAUUUGAGUACCAGGUUCGAUCCAUAGCAAGUCAUGUUCGUCCUGACAGACAGACUCUCCUAUUCAGUGCAACUUUUCGGAAAAAGAUUGAAAAGUUGGCCAGAGACAUCCUGAUCGACCCUAUUCGAGUGGUACAGGGAGAUAUUGGAGAGGCAAAUGAAGAUGUGACACAGAUUGUGGAGAUUCUCCAUUCUGGACCUAGUAAAUGGAACUGGCUUACCAGGCGUCUGGUGGAGUUUACCUCUUCAGGGAGUGUUCUCCUCUUUGUUACUAAGAAGGCCAAUGCUGAAGAGCUAGCCAAUAACCUUAAGCAGGAGGGUCAUAAUCUUGGGCUGCUCCAUGGGGACAUGGAUCAGAGUGAGAGAAAUAAGGUCAUUUCAGACUUUAAGAAAAAGGACAUCCCAGUCCUGGUGGCCACAGAUGUUGCAGCCCGUGGUCUGGACAUUCCUUCAAUUAAGACUGUCAUUAACUAUGAUGUGGCACGAGACAUUGAUACCCACACACAUAGGAUUGGCCGCACAGGAAGAGCGGGUGAGAAAGGUGUAGCCUAUACCCUACUCACUCCCAAGGACAGCAAUUUUGCUGGUGACCUGGUCCGGAACUUGGAAGGCGCCAAUCAACAUGUUUCUAAGGAACUCCUAGAUCUGGCAAUGCAGAAUGCCUGGUUUCGGAAAUCUCGCUUCAAAGGAGGGAAAGGAAAAAAGCUGAACAUUGGUGGAGGAGGCCUAGGUUAUAGGGAGCGGCCUGGCCUGGGCUCUGAGAACAUGGACCGAGGAAAUAACAAUGUAAUGAGCAAUUAUGAGGCCUACAAGCCUUCCACAGGAGCUAUGGGAGAUCGACUAACAGCAAUGAAAGCAGCUUUCCAGUCACAGUACAAGAGUCAUUUUGUUGCAGCCAGUUUAAGUAAUCAGAAGGCUGGAAGCUCUGCUGCUGGGGCAAGUGGGUGGACUAGUGCAGGGAGCUUGAAUUCUGUUCCUACUAACUCAGCACAACAGGGCCAUAACAGUCCUGACAGCCCCGUCACCAGUGCCAAGGGCAUCCCAGGCUUUGGCAAUAGUGGCAACAUCAGUGGUGCCCCUGUGACCUACCCAUCUGCCGGAGCCCAGGGAGCCAACAACGCAGCUUCAGGGAAUAACAGCCGAGAAGGGACUGGGGGUGGCAACGGGAAAAGAGAGAGAUAUACUGAGAACCGGGGCAGCAGCCGUCACAGUCACGGAGAGACUGGCAAUCGACAUGGUGACAGCCCACGUCACGGAGAUGGUGGUCGCCAUGGAGAUGGAAACCGCCACCCAGAAAGCAGCAGUCGUCAUACUGAUGGCCAUCGGCAUGGGGAGAGCAGGCAUGGAGGAAGCACAGGCCGGCAUGGGGAGAACCGGGGUGCAAAUGACGGUCGGAAUGGGGAAAGCAAGAAAGAAGCUUGUAAUCGUGAGAGCAAGAUGGAGCCCAAGGUGGACAGCAGCAAGAUGGACAAGGUGGACAGCAAGACAGAUAAGACAGCUGAUGGCUUUGCUGUCCCAGAGCCCCCUAAACGCAAGAAAAGUCGAUGGGACAGUUAGAGGGGAUGUGCUAAAGUGUGAAAUCAGUUGUCCUUAAUUUUUAGAAAGAUUUUGGUAACUAGGCGUCUCAGGGCUGGGUUGGGGUCCAAAGGGUAAGGACCCCCUGCCCUUAGUGGAGAGCUGGAGCUUGGAGACAUUACCCCUUCAUCAGAAGGAAUUUUCGGAUGUUUUCUUGGGAAGCUGCUUUGGUCCUUGGAAGCAGUGAGAGCUGGGAAACUUCUUUUGGCUCUAGGUGAGUUGUCAUGAGGGUAAGUUGAGGUUACCUUGGGAGAAAGGGCCUUAUAGGGCACAAAACUCACUCUAGGUUUAUAUUAUACGUAGCUUGUAUUUUUUACUAAGGUGUCACCUUAUAAACAUCUAUAAAUUGAAUUUUUUCUUAGUUGUGUGGCCCAGCAGUCCCAUUUUUAGGAGUUGGCUUCUGUACACCUAAUCCAUUGAAUUGUUGGGAAGCAGUUUGGUAGGUUCUAGACAUUUGUGGGGAAGGGAGAUGUUUGAUUCUAAAUGGGACUCGAUGCUCAGGUCCCCAGCCAGGUUUGCAUCCAGCCCUGAGACAUGUAAGAAGCACCUUCCAGACCCAGGCUCUGAAGAUUCCCAGAAGUCACAGGGAUUGAAGGGAAAAGGUGAUCCUGGUAACUGUUCCAGGAUUACUCCAGGUCUGAGGUGGUGUUGCUAAAUUUAAAAUUAACGCAACAACAGCUUUUAAAGUGUCUUCUAUUUCAUUGUAUUUUUUUUAACUUGCCCCAAUGGUAGAAAAGUCUUUUGCCGAAAUGAUUUUGGUGAUUUUUGUUCUAUCUUGUUUAUAAAAGGAAAAGAAAUACACAAACUUUGACUUUUGUGACUUUGUGAAGGUUUCUUUAAGCUGUGCAUUCCUUUCUGCUUGCUCUCUAGUAAAUGUUUCACUAUCGGGA